CACGCUUCCUCGAGUGUGUAAAAGGAGUUGGAGCAACUCGAAUGACUUGAUACUAACGCGCGAUGAUCUUAAUUCAAAUUAAAAGAAUGGAUGGGACGAAGGAGAGCUCAGCGUUUAAAUGUGUGCCUGAAAGACUGACACUCGGCGUCACUCGAAUCCUUGAAAAUAUGCCUGGUGUUGUCGAUGUGCGGCUCGUACAGAGGGAGCCUGCAGAGAAAAGGAGUCUGCUGUCAUGGGAACAGAAAAAUAAUUGUAUUUUACCAGAGGACCUACGAGAUUUUUAUCUGACAACUGAUGGCUUUACACUUACUUGGAACGUCAAACUAGACAAUGAAUGUGUUCCCUUAGGAUGCAUGACAAUUAGGAGCGUGGGCAGGUUGCAGCCUCUUCUCCAGCCAACGCAAGUUUUCUCUCUCCCAAAUGCACCGUCACUGGCUGACCUAGACUGGGAGGAGAGCAGUGCAGAAUGUGGGUUGGCAAAUGCUUCCACUCCUCCACAUUUUGAUUCUCGGAGUCGCGUCUUUGAGUUGGAUUCAUGUGGUGGGAAUGGCAAGGUGUGCUUGGCAUACAAAAACUCCACCCCAGGUGCUGUAGCCCAGCAGAGUGAAAUUUGGUUUCUCGAUCGCUCCCUUUGCUGGCAUUUCUUAAGCGCAACCUUCUCCUCGUACUACCGCCUCAUGAUCACUCACCUUGGACUGCCUGAGUGGCAGUAUUCCUUCACACCUUAUGGCCCCAGUCCACAAGCCAAGCAGUGGGCAUCGCUGUACCAGCCGCUGACCUCCAGGCAUGAAUUCAGCCUGAAUCAUUCUGCUGGCGACUCCCACCUUAACAAGUUAGAUCCCAUAAAGGCCUUUAAAGCUAAAGCCAUGGUGACCACCCCUAAGAAGAAGCCAUCCGCGCCAUGCAGCCUCCCGAGCAAUGCCAAAAGCCAAGGCAGCAGUGGAAGAUCAGGUGUUGUGAAACGGUAGAUUUGUUGAGGACAAUAUUUCAUCCAAUUGUCCUGUUAUUGUUUUCAGAAAGUAUUUAAAAACUAAAUGUGUGAGGUGAGACUCUGUCACAAGAGUCAAUGCUCACAGCUUCAUUUAAGAGAUUCUGGAGCGAUUGUUGUUGUAAAUAUUACCAUUUUGAAUGUAUUGUAUCAAUUAUGAUAUAUCAAAAAAAAAAUUAAAAAAAUAAAGUAACUAUAACACUUUUGACUGUAAAAUGUAAGGUAUUGGGGCGAUUGAAAAUAAAAUUUGGCUGUAAUUCCUUGAUCACAUGAUUGACACCUGACACCAUGAGUCUCACAGUGUCCGAUUUUCAUCUUACAGGUGCUAAUGUAGCCACUAUAUACAACCCCAAUUCCAAUGAACUUGGGACGUUAUGUUAAACAUAAAUAAAAACAAUGAUUUGCAAAUCAUGUUCGACCUAUAUUUAAUUGAAUACACUACAAAGACAAGAUCUUUAAUGUUCAAAGAGAUAAACCUAAUUGUUUUUAGCAAAUAAUCAUGAACUUGGAAAUUU